CGCCUCUUGAUGACGUCACUGACAUCUCAGAUAGGAAAACAAUACAAGUCAGCUGUUCGUACUGGCACAAGUUGCCACAGAAUUGGCAAAACACCGUUUUUUACAGUUUUCGGUCUUUUUUAAUGACCCACAACGCUUGAAACCGUCUUUGUUUACCUUGUGAUAGAACGUGUAGAAUAGACAGCUUCUACAGGAACCUCCUUUGUUACCUCUAUGCAUUAGCCACCAAUAGCAGGUUAGCUUUAAAAUCGGGGAAACGACGGUGCCAAGCCUGUGUUAUCAAAAGUUGAAGACAGAUUUAUGGAAAAGCCGGACCACAAGACUUCCCGGUGGAGAUUGUGACCUUCACCAUUGGCCACCAUUUUGUCUUGUCAUCAUGUCUCCACGUAAAAGACCGUUGGUUCCUGUUAGCAGCCGUCGCAAAGCAGAGGACGACUACUUCCCUUUCAACUUCCUGCCUGUGGAGUGCCAGCUACAUGUAUUUUCAUUUUUGAAUGAGGUGGAUAAAUGUAGUUGUGCUCUGGUUUGCUUGAGCUGGAGUUGCCUUGUUCGUUCAUGGAAGCUGUGGCGAGUUGCUGACUAUUCCCGUCGAGGCGUCUUCCACCUGGGUCAGGAGGGACAGCUUGUUUCCAAUCGUGAGUUUGAGAGGUGGAAAUCCUGGGUUCACCACUACACCCACCAUCUCAUCUCGCGCCGGGCCAGCCUUCUUACACUGAAGGCCAGCUUUGAUUUGGGGGAUCGCUGUAAUAAGUGGGGUGACCUGCUAAGCCACCUUAUGGAUAAUGUCCACUGCAGGGACCUAAGUCAUCUCGACCUCAACUGGACAUAUACACUUCUUGAACCUCUGGAUCUCAGGCUGCACUCCAGCUCUAGUUCCCAUCAGGACAGCAUUACCAAAAUGGAUCAGGUGACCAAUUUCCAGGAGCUGUUGACCAAACUCACUCAGAGCUGUCCUCGUAUCACCAAGAUGCGGUUACACUUUGACUGGUCAGAUUUGUCAGUGUCUCUGCUCACCCACUUCCAGCAGCUCCGGGUACUUGAACUCAAGUAUUUCUGGGCCUUCAAAGGAGUGACUCCAUCCACACUGCAGACCCUCACAACAUCCCUGCCUAACCUAAAAUCUCUGACCUUAAACAUCCUUGUGCCGCUGAGGAACCUCGGAAUUUCCUACAGUCUGGAAUCACUUUCUUUGGAGUUCUUGGAUGUGUCACCCAGCAGAGGCCUGGUCUUUUCCUGUCUAAAAUUACCGGCUCUGCGUGAGCUCAGAGCCAAGAAGAUUGUUCGCGGCAUCACAUUGGACAGGCGCACCAGGCUGAGGAUCCAGAGUCGGUGGCCUUGCUUGUAUCAUGUCCUUCGGGAAGGGACGCCAAGACUCCAGGCCCUCAACAAUGAGAGACUCCUUCCUACGUGGAGAGAGAAAAGCUACGGGGAACUGUCAGCCAUCCUGGAAGGGUCCUGUUAUUGUGUCCAGCAUCUAGACAGCUGGCUGUGGUAACCAUCCAACUCUGUGAAUAUUCACUUAUUUCUCUUUUACUGUUUUCCAUCAGUUUGUGUAGUCAGAGGGACACAAAGCAAUCACAUAAGAGAAUUGACAGUUGAUGUGAAAAAAUCAAUUGUUUCUACAUAAUGUAAAAUGUAACAUUACUGCGCCACUCUUUUUUUUUUUUUUAUACAGACAUCAUAUAUGGUCAAAUGGUGAGUUGAAGACCUUCUCCAUGUUGUGGGGAAUCAAUCUUAGAUUCUGCCAAUUCAAACAAAAAUGACAGAGGAGUCACCCUUAGGAGUACACAAUAGGAAAAGCACUAUCAAGGUAACAAAUGUAAAAUUUGUUUUAUAUGACAGCAGUCACAGUUAGGCACACAUUCUAUUUUCAACGACAUCAGUGUUUGUUGAGAGAAAAAAAAAAGUCUGGACCAUAAAGGUGGAAACAAACAAAAGUUAUGAAAGUCGACAUGACAAUUGAUGGAUUAACUGUAGUCUCAGAAAUUAAAUAUGCAAAACAUCCACUGUUAAUAUUGUAAUUUGUGGAUUAUUUUAUCUAUUUUAAGGAGAAAUAUAUGUAAAGUGAUGUAUCAAUUCUAUUGUGGUAAAAGAGAACAUUACCAGGGAAGACUAUACAAAUCUUUUUUUGCCCCAAAUUGCCUGGAUUAGCAGUUUCUGUAAACCCUUCAUGUUGCAACUGGCUGCAAAAUAAACAUUGACAUUGAUGCAUUAAGAUCUUGAAAUUGUGAUUAAAACCUAUCAGGAAUGCAGAACAGCUCUGUCUGGGUUCAUUCCAAUGCUGUAUCAAUGAAUGACCAAAAGAUUUCGAAAGCUGAGUCAAUAUUGAUGUUUGUUUUGACUUUCCAUUGCUAUCACAGAGAUUAAAUUUUGCUGAACGACAAUGAAAAAGUUUUGUUUGGUUUUCGAUUAUGAACUGUAGAUGUAAGGCUUGUGGAAAAAGUAAUUUUAUCCUGAACAGAAUUUUAUUUUUUUGUCUUAAAUGUCUCCCUCAAGCUGAGAAAUAAAACCAAAGCUCUUGUAAUUACA